UCUCCCAUCCAGCGGCUGCGGCGCCCGCCCUGACCCAGACCCUCCGCCCCUAGAUUCGACUGGCAGCGCAGCCCCCCAACCUCGCACUGGUGUCGGAUGCGAGAGCUUGUGCUUAAGUGACUAAUAAACAUACCAAUAGAAUAUGGCUGCACAAAUACCAGAAUCUGAUCAGAUAAAACAGUUUAAGGAAUUUCUUGGAACCUACAAUAAACUUACAGAAACCUGCUUUUUGGAUUGCGUUAAAGACUUCACAACAAGAGAAGUAAAACCUGAAGAGACCACCUGUUCCGAACAUUGCUUACAGAAAUAUUUAAAAAUGACACAAAGAAUAUCCAUGAGAUUUCAGGAAUAUCAUAUUCAGCAGAAUGAAGCCCUGGCAGCCAAAGCAGGACUUCUUGGCCAACCACGAUAGAGAAGUCCUAAUGGAUGGACUUUUGAUGAAAGAUUGCCAGCAGCUAUUGUGAUGGAAAUGAGGAUUCAUCUGAUAGAAUCCCCUGAAAGCAGUAGCCACCAUAUUAAACUGUCCUAACUUUGGCAAAUGGAAACAACUGGAGAAACAAAAUUGCUAUUUACCGAGAAUAAUCAAAAUAGGAGGUCUUAUUGUUGAAUGAAAAUAAUAAGAUGGAACAUUUGUUGAGGCCUUAAGAUUCAGCAGCUUGGUAAUUUCAUUA